CUUCCUGGGAGUUCGUCCUCGGUCAAGAAGAUGAGCUGGAUACUGUUUGGUAAUUGAAGGCCCGCGAUGCUGGUAUUACUUCGAACAUUGUACGGUACGCCGAAGGGGUAGGCCAGGGUGCCCUCGCUGGCGAAGAAAGGUCCAAAACCAUCAUCCCAUUCGCGUCGAUUAUUCGUCACGUGAUAAUUCGCCGUGGUAGCAGGCAUAGGCUCUCUCUGAGACGACAUAGUGACGGCUCACUGCCGGGGAAGACUGGUGUGACUGCGGCUAAGGCGGAACCAAAUGCAAUGAGGGUGCCUUGGCGCCUUGGCCGACUACUGCUUGAUCCACAAUGAACUCUCUCUUGCCCGCGCGACACCCACGGCGGGAACAACGUGCUGUCUCCAAUACUACCCAGGCUGACAGCAGCAAACCCCUCACCCGGCAGGCGGGCAGAGGAAGCAGCAGUCCCCAACGAUCGACUAGUAAGCAUCCAUCCCGCUCAACCGCCGAGAUGCUCAGCGGGAUAUCCAACACGCGAAGCCUCGCCUUCCUCAUGAACGUGGCGGGUGAGGACAGCGAGGCAGACGACGACGAGAACGACUUGAUCGCAGCCCCAUCACCUCAGCAGAGGUCGCCAUCGACACCCGAGGAGAAGCAGGCAGAGAAGAAGCACCGGCACCCUUCAGGGCAGUGCGGUCCCCUGCUGCUCAACCACACCGCAGCGGCAGCAGCGGGCCACCGCUGCCGCCACUCUUCCUUGCUGCCUCUCGCGGAUCUUGAUCAGCUGAUGCCGGGGCUGCUGACCUGCCGCGACGACAACAUGUCCAAGCUCGCCACCCACAGCGACGACGACAGCGGCGACCAGGCCCUCGGACAUGGGCAUGGCAGCCCCGCUGGCGACAAGAACGAGCAGCCCAGCACCGGACGAACGGUAGCCGUCUCCGAGUUCUCCAACUUGGCGGGCACGGGCGCGGCGGCUACCGUCGUUUUCCCUCCACGAAAGCCGGCGGCGGGUGGAGACGGUCGUGCCGGUCGAUCAUCUCUUGGUCUCGUGCCCUCCUACUCCUCUGUGGAGUAUGCCGGGUGGUCCAAGUUUUGCCUGGCGUCCAGCGACACCGAGAACGAGGGUGGCAGCUCGGAUUCCUUCGAGCAGGCCAAGGAGGACGAAUCCGAGGACGACAGCCGGACCUAUUCCAUCACCAGCGGGGAGGAGGAUGACGGCCACGUCAACAGCGACGAGACGGACCCGCCGCUGCGAGGCGAGCAGGACUUUUUCGACGGAGGAGGCGACGGCGGCGGCGGGCCGAGCAGCGGCAAGAGCUUCGACAGCGACAUCCACUUCACGGUGCAGGAAACCCAGGCCAUACUCCGGGUCAUGGAACGUCUCGGCUGCGGAGCAACGACCCUUGCCAGGUUCGCGUCCUUCACCCUGGAAGACUGGAUGGAUGAGGUCUGCGACCCGAUCAUCCAGGACCUCCGGGGGAGCCAGAGCUACCGCGCCUCCGGCCUCGACGCGCGGCACCGCUUCGGCCGGGAGGAGAGCGUUCCUCCUCUCAAGAGGUACAUCAGCGCCGAGCUCUACCCGGCGUCCACCGCCUUGCUCCGCGACGCUCUCCCGGCGAGGGUCCGGCGGCGGGCGUUCGUCAACACGGCGGCGGCGAUGCGGGGAGAGGCCGAGGACCCGUUCUGCAGCGUUCUCGGAAACAACGAAAGGCUCGCCGUCGAGGGCGUGGGGGGUGGAUUUGGCAAGGGUAUCGGCGAUGACACCCGCAACAAUUUCGCUUCCGUCGUUGCGAGGCGGCUCGCGGAGCACGGGAGGGCCCACAAUAACGCCGCUACCGGCACCUCCCGCACCGAUGUUGCUGCCACAAGUGCCCUUGUUGGUGGUGAUCGAGGCGGUCCUGGUCGUAGUCGGCGUGGGCCCGCCGCUGCCACCGGAGGAAGAGGAGCCGCUGCCGACGUCGCCGUCCGGGGGGCGUCUCAUGCCGUUUCGAUCUACCGCGACAGCAGUGACAGCGAGAGUGACGGCGGGGUGAUGGAAGUGACCGCUCCUCCUGGUGCCUCCGCUAUUGCUGAUACUGCCUCCGCUGCAGUUGCUGCUGAUGCUACCGCUGCUGCCGCAGCAGCAGGUCGAGGGGAGAGAUCGGAGCCGCGCCGAUCGUUGGCGCUGAGAGUCGACCUCGAUGCCGUUCGCGCCGCCCGAAAGGUCCCGAAACACGCCAUCUGGACGGGAGGAGGCGAGGGGAACACGCCGUCAGGUUUUGAAGAAAGCAGCAGUAGUAGUGACCACAGCAGCAGUAGCGGCGGGUGCCGGUCUGGCGAGGAGGACGAUGACGAAGACUACUACGCCGGGGACAGCGAUUCCUGUAGCCCCAGAAGCUCCUCGCCCCCUUCCAUGUUUCGACCCCUUUCGCGGCCGACCGGUGGCGCGCCGGACGUGGCGGGCUUCGCCCGGCUCCGCGAGCACCACACGAGGCAGCGGCCCUCCACCACCGUCGCGCUUGCCCUCAAUACCGACACCAAGGGCCAACGCCACCCGGCUAAAUCCUUCAAGGCGGCUGCUGGACGAGGUUCUGCUGUCGGUGGCAGCGUAGUUGGUUACGGGUGGCAAGGCGCCAGUCCAAGGCGGGGGGCGCCGGGGUCGGCUAGGCCGGCGGUCGAGGCGGCGGCGGCGGUGGUAGCGGCGGAGGCGAAAAAGAUCGCUGAACCCGAGCGGGCAACAACGGCCUCAAGGGGCAGGGUCAGGGUGACGGCCACCAGGCGGAUUCCGGCACCGAGGCCGGCAGCGCGACUGGCACGAAAACAUGGUGUGAUGGCUGGGCUGUCACCGCCGCCACCAUCGCAGGCGGGGUCGAUGCCGACUCCCGCGGCGAAAUCGGAAACGUCGGAGGCGGUCUCGGCAUCGGCGGCGGCGGCGCCGAAAGCCACGGUGGCAGCUGCGGCCGUAGCAGCAGCAGCGGCGGCGGCGGCGGCGGCGGUGACAACGGUAGCGAUGCCACGAGAGUUCUCUCCCGGUGACGUCUGCGGCAGCGGCACGAAGGCGGCGGAACCGUCGGCGGCUGCGGCGGCGGGAGAAAAGCGAUACGCUGAUGCCUGUUGCGGCACAGAAGCAGGCUUCACGACCGCGGCGGUGGCGGAGAGCGCGACGGAGUCGAAGCCGGAGUACACGCCAGAGAGUGACGAAGCGACGGCGACAAGUUCGGGAGAGGGGAGCCGCGAACAGGAUCUGCAAGCGGGCACACUCCGCAGCGGUGACUUGGACCGAAGGCACGCGUGCUACAAGCACGGGGCUGCCGUGCUGGGCAAGGAUGGCGUUGGCCCAGGGCCACAGAGAAAAGGGCGAGGAGACGAGAGAAGAAGCGGAGAGCAACAAGCAACACGGAGCAAGCGCGUGUUCUUCGCCAGCAGCUCCUCUGGCGACUCGAGCGCCAGCACCAGUGACAAAGGCACCGGCAGCUUGUAUCAUCAAGGCGAUGGUGGUGGUGGUGGUGGUGAAUUUGACCGUCAUUCGACUAGACCUGCGGUGGUGCCAGCACCAGCACCAGCAGAACCGAUGAACGUGCCGGCAGCAGGAGCGGAAAGGGGCCGUCUCCUGUACGAGCAAGUCAUCAGGAUGGGCGGAGCUGCCCAGCCGAAAAUGAGCCCACUCCGCCCACUGCCCAAACGCCGCCCGCGGGUGGUAUACGAAAGCCUGUGGUAAAUGGGAACCCCCCCUCCCCCGCGCUCCUCCUCCUCCUCCUCCUCCUCCUCCUACUCCUACUUGACAGUAGUACCGGAAUGCCUCGCUCGCGGCAACAGUCGGGCAGAGGCUGCGUCGGGCCAUGAUGUGAUUUAUCCUCUCUGGGAAUAGUCUACAUUCAUGCCGAGCCCUUGGGCGCAAGGCACGAAACAUGCGAUAGUGAGAGAUGGGGAGAAUUGUCUUGCCUGGGUGGAUUUGUUUUCUUCGUGCCAGAACUCCAAGCAGAGUGUUAUGCCAAAUUCCUCCACGACCUUGGCCGGCCUCUGAACAAGCAGGUCCGAGGUAGGGUGAUUAGAGAGGCUUGUAGCACUGGCAGGGGGCUCGUUGGGUGGGGGUUGUUCAUCCGAUUUGUGUGAAACGGCCCUGAUCGCGACUGUUGUCGGAGGCUUUGUGGAGAGUGUGGGGGUGGGCCAUGCUUGCCUUUGAGGGUUUGCAUGCCUCGAUCAGAUACAGGCUUGUGUCUGGUCAAGGACAGAAAAAGGGGUUGUAGGCUAGGACUUCACGGGUGCUCUUCACCUCGUUCUGGUUUGCUGUUGGUUGCGAGCGUGGGCCUCAAAAAAGGGCGUUGGGGGUCUGGAGGGCUAGGCUUGAAUUUGAAACGGUUGGAUAACCAUAUUAGGUUAUGUUUAGAUUUGUUGUACUCGUAAUCUCAUGUCCCUGCUAAAGUUUAUUGGUAGUGUAGGAGAUACUAUUACUUUGCCGUCUUGGUGAUCAUUGACCCCGCAUUCAUUUGAAACGGAUCCCUUGAUGUACCCUUAACAGAUAAAGAUUUCCUGCCCCGUUGUGUACAAAGAAAGGAGAGAGGGGAUGCAGGAGUAGUCUUGCUUGGUUUUUCGCGGAAGAGGGGGCGGUCGUCCUGCCCAGUAAACAUGUCGUUGUCAUGUCAGCCCUUAAAGGAAAGGGUGAUGAAUCGUCUCGUCCUCCCGACGAACGAACACAACAUGAAUAACUGUGGACAUUUGGUGAAAGAAACUGCGUUCUCACUCCUUUUGUUUUCUUCACCAAGGUGUGGGCCGGGAGUGUAGCAGGAGGAGGAAGAAGGCAUGCGUAGGCGUAGCAGUGCUUGUUGUUCGUUGGAGUCUCCGGUAUAACAGGGAUGCUGAGUCUAUGGUUUGGGCAGGAGUAGACAAUCCAGCAGCAGCUGCACCAUAGCUGCGCAAUUCAUCUUUAUUGCGGGCCUCAAAGUCGGGCUUCAGUGCUGUCUGUGUUUACAACGGGAAGAGUUAUGACGUUAUGGCAGCUUGAAGAGGAUUAUCUCCGUCAGGUUUCCAGGGAAGGGCGGCAGAUUCCGGUAAUAAAGAAUGGCGUAGAGAAUCGUGCCUUCGUAGAAGAUAUGUAAAUUCCACCUGUUUUGUAUCGAAUGGCUACAGUUGUUCACAGUACAUUCUUGUAGUAGUUUUGUAUUUGACGUGUUCGGAAAGUGUUUCGAUAAAUGCAUCGUAGACUAUAUAUUAUCCACAUGUGUGGCUGCAAGGUUUGUUCGGGGUGGUGACUACCUGGUUCAUUGUGCCAAGAAUGAAAUGAUUGUUGGAGAUUUCGGGAGGGGUGACAUCACGGAGUGCGUAUUUAGUAUCAUAUGAUGAGGCUCUUUUUUCUGCAGACUAGCCUAACCGGUCUGUUGUGGUGUAGGCGAGAUGCAUACAUCUUGUAUGGUUAACAAAAUAAAGCGGAC